CGCUCGAAAGCGUCGGUUGUGGUUUGCGUCGCUGCGCACAGGUGAGAUACAAAACGCAGGAGCGUUCAAAGCUGCGCGCGCCCAAUACAUCGAAAGAAUUGCUCGGCCAGGUGUAUCUGUGUGCGAACCGUUGGUAACAGCCGGCACCUGAGUAUCACCAUGAUGCACAAAUUAAAAUAUCGCGAUAAAUUAAAAUGGCUUUUAGCCCUUUCCCUGCUGAUAUGCACCUGUUUCGUAGAGUCAGAGGCACAGACAAGAGAUCCCAGAUUUUAUUCACGUCCAGGCGUUGACUACCAUUGGCCAAACCCAGGGGAUCCAGAUUACAGAACUUACACGUUCAACGAUCGCCGAUAUGGUCACUAUCAGCCAAAUGGUUUUGGUGCCAACUAUCCAGGCAGGAAUCCACCCGGUCAAUAUCCCCAAGGAAUGCCGAACGAAGAUCGCUUUCGCUUUGAUCCGAACGAUCCGAAUGCUCGAACUCAGUUUCCGGGAGUUUUGGCGGGAUGGCGAGAGGAUUUGCAGGGCAAGCAGCGUCGGGAUUCGUUGACCCUGGAGCGGGAUGUGUUCGUGACCACGAACUACGGCCAGGUGCAGGGCUUCAAGGUGUACAUGUACGACAAUCCCGAUCCCAAGUCGUUCUAUCGUCCCUUUCACUCGACGGUGGAUCGUGUGAUGGGCGAGUGCUCUGCGUUCCUGGGAAUCCCCUACGCCCUGCCGCCCACCUUUGAGGGCAGGUUCAAGCCGCCCCGCAUCCAUCGCGGAUGGCAGCUGCUCCAGGCCGUCGAUUUUGGACCCGCCUGUCCCCAGCCUGUCCGGUAUACGGGCGCCACCAAGGGAGUGAUGGACAUGGACGAGGAUUGCCUGUACUUGAACGUAUAUUCACCCAAGACUGGCGCUGGUGUUGCCCAAAAAUACCCGGUGAUGGUCUACAUCCAUGGUGGCGAGUUCAUUCGCGGAGCCUCCAACUUGUUUCAGGGCCAUGUUUUGGCCUCCUUUUACGACGUGGUGGUGGUGACUCUGAAUUACCGUCUUGGAGCCCUGGGAUUCCUUUCCACGGCCGAUGAGAACUCGCCCGGAAACUACGGCAUCCUAGAUCAGGCGAUGGCAUUGCGUUGGGUCCAUGACAACAUUGAGUUCUUUAAUGGAGAUCGGGAUUCCAUUACUCUAUUUGGCCCCGGAGCAGGUGGCGCCUCCGCGGGACUUCUGAUGGUUGCUCCGCAGACGCGGAACAUUGUGAGGCGGGUGAUUGCCCAGUCGGGAUCGCCUCUGGCGGAUUGGGCUUUGAUCCAGGAUAAGUAUAGGGCCCAGAACACGAGUCGCGUGCUGGGACAGCUUUUGGGCUGCUCCAUCGAGUCCUCGUGGAAGCUGGUCAACUGUCUGCGCACUGGACGCAGUUUCUAUGAGCUGGGCAACGCCGAGUUUGCCCCUCAGGUGGGCAGUUUUCCCUGGGGUCCGGUUUUGGAUCACAACUUCACGCUGCCCGGCGACGAUUGGUACGAGGGAUGGCGCGAAAAGGACUGGCGUUUCCUCACCCAAACUCCAGAGACCCUCAUCCGGGCUGGUAAAUUUAACCGGAAUAUCCAGUACAUGACUGGUGUGACGACCCAGGAAGCGGCCUUCUUUGUGGCCCAAAACGAGUCCCUAAGUCCGUUCUACGAGCUGGAUGGGCGAUUCUUCGAUCAGAAGAUACGUGAGCACGUCUUCCGGUACAACUACACCCUGAAUCCGAACGGAGUGUACGAGGCCAUCAAGUAUAUGUACACUUUCUGGCCGGAUCCCAACAAUAAUACGAUAAUCCGGGACCAGUACAUUAAUAUGCUUAGUGAUCUGUACUACCGGGCACCGGUGGACCAGAUGGUCAAGCUGAUGCUAGAGCAGAAGGUUCCGGUUUACAUGUACGUUCUGAACACCACCGUGGAGGCACUGAAUCUGCCGCAGUGGCGAAAGUAUCCACACGACAUCGAAAGAUAUUUCCUCACCGGAGCUCCCUUCCUGGACAUUGAGUUCUUCCCCAAGAAGGAUCACCUGCAGCGCAACAUGUGGACGGAUAACGAUCGCAACAUGAGCCACUUCUUCAUGCAGACCUAUUCGAACUUUGCCAGAUAUGGCAAUCCGACACCUCAACAGGUGCUGGGCAUGCACUUCCAGCGGGCCUAUCAGGGCGAGAUUCGCUACCUGAACGUCAACACCACGUUCAACUCCUCCAUCCUGCUCAACUACCGGCAGACGGAGUGCGCCUUCUGGACACAGUACUUGCCCACGGUGAUCGGAGUGCUGGUGCCCACCUAUCCACCCACCACCGAGUACUGGUGGGAGCCCAAGGAACCACUGCAGAUCGCCUUCUGGAGCAUGUCGGUGACCUGUUUCUUCCUCAUAGUGCUGGUGGUCAUCUGCUGCAUCAUGUGGCGCAAUGCCAAGCGCCAAUCGGAUCGCUUCUACGAUGAGGAUGUCUUUAUAAAUGGUGAAGGCCUGGAACCGGAGCCGGAUACUCGGGGCGUGGACAAUGCCCAUAUGGUGACCAACCACCAUGCCCUUCGUUCCAGGGACAACAUAUACGAGUACCGGGACUCACCCUCCUCCAAAACGCUGGCCAGUAAGGCGCACACGGACACCACAUCCCUGCGUUCACCCAGUUCGCUGGCCAUGACGCAGAAAUCCAGCAGCCAGGCGUCACUUAAAUCAGGGAUAUCCCUCAAGGAGACCAAUGGUCAUUUUGUGAAGCCAACUGAGCGUUCGACGACACCACGUUCCCAUCCAAAUGGAAAUGGUCCGUCGGCAAAGGUGGUGGCGUCGCCGCCAGUGGAAGAGAAGCGUCUGCUGCAGCCACUUUCAAGCACGCCGGUGACGCAGUUGCAGGCGGAGCCCACUAAGAGGACUCCCACCGCUGCCAGUGUCUCCGGCAGCAGUCGGAGCACCACCCCGGUGCCCUCCGCCCGCAGCACCACCCACACCACCACGGCCACUUUGAGUUCGCAGCCAGCGGCUCAGCCCAGGAGGACCCAGCUGGUGGAGGGAGUGCCGCAAACAUCCGUCUAAGUAACCGCUCUCUAAGCGCGGGAUGCGCUUAGGGAGUCAGCCGAAUCGUCCAAUCACAGAGCCCGUCGAUGAUCCAGGAAGAAGUGGAGCAGCUCUUCCUGGAAUUCCCUUUAACUUAAGUUAGUGGUUUUCCGAAAAAUGUAAGUUUAAUUUUAUAUUUGUAAUACUUUUUUACACAGAUCUUUGAGAUCUCAGUUUUUAGUUGUAGUUUAGGCAAACCAAUAUUCGUAAGAUCUUACUUUAAGUUGUUCGUAAGUUUGAUAACCCAACGAAUACAAAUCCAUAUCAAUGACAUUCCAUAGCCUCAUAAUCGGCCCCUAAGUGUAAAUAUAAUAUAGGAAAUAUAGGAAGUAAUUAUGAUGCUUAACAAAAAUAUUUUAAUUAGUUAAUACAAGGGUGGUCAAAAGUAUUUUCACAAAAAAAAAGUUAAAUAUAUUCAUAAUUUGAACUUACAUCUUGUUAACUUUGGCAUCAAUGGAAAGGUA